AUGUUUAAGAGGAAGAAUAAAGCCAAGAAACCGCAAGAUUUAGCCAUCCCUGAUCCCACCAAUACUUCCAGCAAAAUUGAUCAAAUUUCAUUGCUUGUUUCACCAGAUGAUAUCCCACUUUUGUACUACUCCAUGAAAUCGAUCGUCACCAAGUUAGAGCCAAUGAUGGAAGUGGCAGGCGACUUGAAGAAUAGAACUGGAAGCAUGUAUUUUGUGCCCCGCAUAUCUUCUGUUCUGGUUGACACCACUGGGCUCGAAUCCAAUUUGAUCAAAUUUGUCAAUGAAGUUGAGAACGACCCGCCAGUUACAGCAGAUGAUGAUGAUGAUGACGCAGUUGCUGCUCCCAAGAAAAGUUUGGAUUUGAGUAUUGCUGUAACUUCGACGCUGCAUGGUAGGGAAAGCGAAAGAACGACACAAGCGGAUCUUGUAUCUCAGGACAUUGACUUGAAUCAACAGUUGCCCUUUCAAAACGCCCACAAUGCGGCAGUAAAGUCAAUGAUGGAGGCAGCUACUUAUAACGCAGUGGUUCAAGAUGAGGAUAUGCAGGACGUAAUGAAGCUUGGUACCAGUGCAACAACAGUCGAACUCAAUGAAAGAGAUGCAGCUAGUGCUAAAGAGUGCAAAGGUGAAGAAGAGAGACACAUUCGAGAAAUUUCAAAUCCUGCUUUGGCCAGUUUACUUUGUGAAUAUGAGUUGGAAACUUAUGAAUAUCAAAUGAAAGAAAAUAUGGCUGAUGAUUGCACUUCAUCGUUUGCUUCAAAUGACGGUAAUGAGGAUACAAUCAAACGAGAGAAUGAGACUUAUCAACGGCCAGUCAAUGUUGGCCAGUCGACUGCACCACAAGAAAGAGACGACUAUUUAACCACCAUUCUUGAAGAGUAUUCCCCAUUUUACAAUUUCCCAACGGAUGAAGAGAUCAGUGAAGUAGAAAGGACAUAUUACAACCCAUACAGAGUUGUAUUUACUGGUCAAUUCUAG